UUUUAAUUGUUGAGACGAUUUCUAAAGUGCUCCACCUCCACCACCUGUCAUCAGAUGGGGGCUGCGGCUGGGAGAACGCUCAUCCUCCUAAGAGCAGCUGUGGACUGAAUGGUGAAGGGCAGCAGCCACAGGAACAGAGGCAGGCACAGGUUUGAAGAAAGAGACAUUUAUUUAAGGGAAAGCAGAGUUGCAUCCUUUGCUUUGGACUUGGAGCACCUUGAAGAGCUGUGGCCAGGCCCCUGGACCCAGGAAGCUUCAAUAAUUGUUAACCGAGUUGGAGUGAGCUGAAAUAAAGAGGUAGAGAUCCUAAGCCUCCUACUGAAAUCUUCCUUAAAGGGAAAAGUAGAAAUGAAGGUACAUAUGCACACAAAAUUUUGCCUCAUUUGUUUGCUGACAUUUAUUUUCCAUCAUUGCAACCAUUGCCAUGAAGAACAUGACCAUGGCCCUGAAGAGCUUCACAGACACCAUCGUGGAAUAACAGAAUUGGAGCCAAGCAAAUUUUCAGAGCAGGAUGCUGAAAAUGAAAAAAAAUACUAUAUUGAAAAACUUUUUGACCGCUAUGGUGAAAAUGGAAGAUUAUCCUUUUUUGGUCUGGAGAAACUUUUAACAAACUUGGGCCUUGGAGAGAUAAAAGUAGUUGAGAUUAAUCAUGAGGAUCUUGGCCACGAUCAUGUUUCUCACUUAGAUAUUUUGGCAGUUCAAGAGGGAAAGCAUUUUCACUCACAUAACCACCAGCAUUCCCACAAUCAUUUAAAUUCAGAAAAUCAAACUGUGACCAGUUUAUCAACAAAAAGAAACCACAAAUGUGAUCCAGAGAAAGAGACAAUUGAAGUAUCCGUGAAAUCUGAUGACAAACAUGUGCAUGACCAUAAUCAUCGCUUACAUCAUCACCAUCGAUUGCAUCACCACCUUGAGCAUAACACGACUCGCCACGUUCAUAACGAUUCCAUUACUCACGGUGAGCGCGGGGAGCCUCGCCAUGAACCUUCAACAGAGACCAAUAAGACACAAGAACAGUCUGGAGUUAAGCCACCAAAAGGAAAGAGGAAGAAGAAAGGAAAGAAAAGUGAUGAAAAUUCUGAGGUCAUCACACCAGGUUUCCCCCUUACCCGUGAUCAGGGUGAACAGUAUGAACACAAUCGGGUCCACAAAACUGAUCGUGUACAUAACCCAGCUCAUUCUCAUGUACAUCUUCCAGAACAUAGUGGUCACGAUUCUGGUCACGGACACCAAGAUCUUGAUCCUGAUAACGAUGGUGAACUUCGACACACUAGAAAGCGAGAAGCACCACAUGUUAAAAAAAGUGCAAUUUAUUCAGCUGCUAAUCACAAAGAUCAUAAUGAAGAUGACCGUCAACAUGAAUGUUUGAACGUCACUCAGUUAUUAAAAUACUACGGUCAUGGUGCCAACUCUCCCAUCUCACGUGAUCUAUUUACAUAUCUUUGCCCUGCAUUGUUAUAUCAGAUCGACAGCAGACUUUGUAUUGAGCAUUUUGACAAACUUUUAGUUGAAGAUUUAAAUAAGGAUAAAAAUCUGGUUCCCGAAGAUAAGGCAAAUGUAGGGGCAUCAGCAUGGAUUUGUGGUAUCAUUUCUAUCACUGUCAUUAGCCUGCUUUCCUUGCUAGGCGUGAUUUUGGUUCCCAUCAUUAACCAGGGAUGCUUUAAAUUCCUUCUCACAUUUCUUGUUGCACUCGCCGUGGGAACAAUGAGUGGAGAUGCCCUUCUUCAUCUACUGCCCCAUUCUCAGGGUGGACAUGAUCACAGUCAUCAGCAUGCACAUGGACAUGGACAUUCUCAUGGACAUGAAUCUAAGAAAUUUUUGGAAGAAUAUGAUGCUGUAUUGAAAGGACUUGUCGCUCUAGGAGGCAUUUACCUGCUCUUUAUCAUUGAACACUGCAUUAGAAUGUUUAAGCAUUAUAAACAACAGAGAGGAAAACAGAAAUGGUUUAUCAAGCAGAGCACAGAAGAAUCAACUAUUGGAAGGAAGCUUUCAGAUCAUAAAUUAAACAACACACCAGACGCUGACUGGCUUCAACUCAAGCCUCUUGCUGGAACCGAUGACUCAGUUGUUUCUGAAGAUCGACUUAAUGAAACUGAACUGACAGAUUUAGAAGGCCAACAAGAAUCCCCUCCUAAGAACUACCUUUGUAUAGAAGAGGAGAAAAUCAUGGACCAUUCUCACAGUGAUGGAUUACAUACCAUUCAUGAGCAUGAUCUCCAUGCUACUGCACAUAACCACCAUGAUGAGAAUAAAACUGUGCUGAGAAAACAUAAUCAUCAGUGGCACCACAAACAUUCUCAUCAUUCACAUGGUCCCUGUCAUUCUGGAUCAGAUCUGAAAGAAACAGGAAUAGCCAAUAUAGCCUGGAUGGUAAUCAUGGGGGAUGGCAUCCACAACUUCAGUGAUGGGCUGGCAAUUGGAGCGGCUUUCAGUGCUGGAUUGACAGGAGGAAUCAGUACUUCUAUAGCUGUCUUCUGUCAUGAACUGCCACAUGAAUUAGGUGAUUUUGCAGUUCUUCUUAAAGCAGGCAUGACUGUAAAGCAAGCAAUUGUAUACAACCUCCUCUCUGCCAUGAUGGCUUACAUUGGCAUGCUCAUAGGCACAGCCGUUGGUCAAUAUGCCAAUAACAUCACACUUUGGAUCUUCGCAGUCACUGCAGGCAUGUUCCUCUAUGUAGCCUUGGUGGAUAUGCUUCCAGAAAUGUUGCAUGGUGAUGGUGACAACGAAGAGCAUGGCUUUUGUCCAGUGGGGCAAUUCAUUCUUCAGAAUUUAGGGUUGCUGUUUGGAUUUGCCAUCAUGCUGGUGAUCGCCCUCUAUGAAGACAAAAUUGUGUUUGACAUCCAGUUCUGACCAUUCCCAGUAAUCACUGUUGAUUACGAGAAUGUUACCAUUCAGCUUUGCAUCUGUUCCUUGUACUGUAUGCACAUUGCUCAAAGAAAAGUCAGUGGCUUGCACUACUUACAAGUUCCAUAGAUUUGAGCCUAACCACAAAAGACUGGUGCUCAGUACUGUGUUCCCUAUAUGAAGGGUCUUUUAAAAACAAACUUGGUGAUAAAGAGGAGAAAAUGGGACUCUAUGAACCAAUGUUGAUACAGGUUUGAUUAAAACUUUUAAAAAAUAAUCAUAUAAAACACUAAAGUAGUCUCUUUAUUAGUAGAAACUUCUGUGGCUAUGCAGAACUAGAAAUUAAACCAAAAAAAUCAUUUACACUUUAAAAAUAUUUUAAAUGGACUUUGAGCAGACAUUUUUGUGUAUGCUAAGAAUGAAUUGUAGUGCCCUUUAAUUCAGCUACAUAUAUACAUAUGGUAAUAGGGAUCAACUUGACACAACUUUGAAACCGCCUAAAGUAGACUAUAGGAACUAGAAGAAAGCUCAGGCUGCAUUAGAGUAUGAAUUUAGCAUCGGGAAAAGUCCUUAUUCUUGAAUCUAGAGUUACUAUUUUUGUAUAUAUUUGCAUAGUGUUUAAACUUGCAGCCUAAACUACUGAAAUUUGUGAUUGUAUGUUUGUGUGAGCUUCAGUUUAAUGAAAGAUUCAUAAUGGUUUUUGUAUUAUUAUAAUACUUGGUGUUUGGGGGUACUUUUCUUUUUUUUUUCAAUUUUGUUUUUGUUCUGUGGUUUUGCGGGGGAGGUGGGGACCAAAGCAUGUGGUCAAAUGUAUUUUUCUUAAAAUUAUAACUCUCUAGAAAAUAUGAACCCAAACAUGGUCUAAACUAUUCAAUUUUUCAACUUUACAGUACUGACUAGGUUAAACGGGAAAUUUAAGUUCUGAAUGUUCUGUAAACAGUUUAGCAUUGGAACCAACGCCAAAUGGAGCACAUGCUGUGGCUGGCAAUAAAGUUGGAAGGCAGAAAAUCCAAGUUUACCAUGCCUGUGAUCUGUAUGUGAAGUGUCAGUUAAACAGUUUCGAGGAUAAACUACACUGAUGCCAUGGCUAUCAGGGUACCAAGUAAAUGACUAAGCUGAAAUCACUUGAUCAUUUUGUGCCAAGAUAUGCUGUUGGUGCCUGAUAGGGAUUAGUCUCUUUUUUAGGUGCCCUGUUCUUCUACCAUAAUUGUAAAUGAUUUGUGAGAAGUGCAAGCCAUGUUUAUCCUAAAUUUUGAUCCAAUAAUUUAUAGUACUAGUCAUACGCAUGUAGCUUUCUGUUUACACCUUGUGCCACGUGGUCUUCAUUUAUGCCAGGUAAACUAUAUUUGAACUGUGUGCAGCUAGCUUUGUUUUAAUCAGCUUGGCAACGAGUGUGACUUUUUAAAAAAAAAAUCUUGCUGUUCAAAUAUGUAAGAGCCAAACUCUCUUUCCAUUCCAUUUUAAGUGUCUCUAUUUAAUCCUUCUCCUUUCCUCUUACUCUAUGAAUUUUUUUAACAAAAACAAAACUUUGAGAGCAGCACAUGUGUCCAGGUAUUACUAGAUUAUUGCCAGUGUUUCUUCUUUAUGCUAUAAGCAAGGGAGAUUAGGUUUUGUUACAUCUUUAAUUUAUUUCUGAAUUUGAAAAAUCAUUUCUGGCUUUCUCUGUGGCCUCCCUCCUUGUAAUAAGUAGGAGUUUUAUACAUAGUUUGUUUUCAGCAGUGGGCACUGAAUUAGGACAGUCCUCAUCUCAUUGCUUGGCCCUUCAAGCAACCUAGCUAAAAGGUGCUGAUAUUUUAUUUAGUACUGCCAACUUAGUGAUCGAAAUAUCUUGCUUUCUGAACCAAGAUAUUUAUAGUUCAUUUUUGGGUUUUGAUACCCAGUGAACAUUCUGCAUUCCAGCAUUAAAUCUGCUUCAUUUAAAAGCAACAGCUGGAAUAUACUCCAGUCUUAAAUGCCUCAUUUAAAGCAAAUUGGUUAUGCUAAAAUUUUAUAUUCUCUCAAAAAUGGUAUUACCUUUAUUUGCUAGAUUUUCUUAACCUGUUAAGAGUGCUGUAACAGUUGCUGCUAGUAUUUUGAUAGGGUUCCACCAGUAUUUAGUUUUCACAUCAUCCUAACGUAUAGUUUCAAGUCUCACUAGACAAUCUUAAUUCCACUACAUUUCUGUUUGGCUCCAACAUUCCAUUUAGCUUGACCAGUCUAAUUUUAACAUGUGUUUGUUGGAGGUCAUUAAUGUUACUUGUACAAUGCUGUCACUGUGUGACAUCCAUAUGAAUUUUAGUGUAUAUCACAUUGCAGUCAAUCAGCUGUGAUUAUGCUUAGAAAUACUAUAGUAACUAGAUGCAGUGUGAAUUUUUUCCAUUAACAGUCAGUGGCUUAUAUGUGAUUAUGGUCCUGCAAGGUGAUACUUGCUAAAAUAGCUAAACUUUUUUUUGUUGUUGUAACUGAAUCAUUUUUUUAAAAAAAUUUAUAAAGCUGGAAAUGAUCAAAUGCUGUUUUUUUCAUUGUCAACAGUGGUGUGUCAUUUUAUGUAUGUUCCUAAUGCUUAUGGAACUCUCCCAAAAUAAAGUUAUUCAGAAAGAGCA